AUGCCCGUUGGCCACGAGGAUCGGACCGAUAGCGAUAAGUUUCCCGCAAUCUCCGAACUCCCUUUCACAUCACCAGCAAUGCAGAUCUGGCGGCGAAGUCUGGCCACGUCUGUAAGCAGACUUGGUCAAAGAUCAAUCAGCUCCAAGCCCUCAAUUUCGCGAUGUGCGCAAAUCCUCCAAGCUAGCAAGACUGGUCCUUGUCAAUUCGAGGACCAAGAGGUCAAAAUCAACGGCUUCGUUCGGUCUGUACGAAAACAGAAGCGUUUUGCGUUCGCAGAGAUCUCUGAUGGCUCAACCGUGGAGCCAUUGCAGGCAAUUCUGAAACCUGCACAAGCAGCGGAUCUGUCUACUGGAACCGCGGUCGAAAUUUCUGGGUUAUGGAAAGCUUGUCCACCGGGCAAAGAGCAAACGCAUGAGCUCCAAACAACAGACGUGACGGUUGUUGGCGCGUCAGACCCAGAGGCAAGCUUGCGACAUGCACCCGAAGCCAUGACAAGAAAAUACCACAGCCCUGAAUUCUUGCGCCAAAUCCCCCACCUUCGCAUCCGAACCCCCUUCAACUCUCUCCUCUCACGUUUCCGCUCCGAGUGCAUGUUCCAGCUAGGCAAUGUCUUCCACUCUCACCAAAACGGAGCUUUCACGCAAGUCCAGCCUCCACUCAUAACGUCUUCUGAUUGCGAAGGGGCGGGGGAGACCUUCACGCUGGCACCACGCGGUGCUGCUACACCUAGCAACGAGAACGAGCAUUUCUUCCGCGCACCCAAAUACCUCACUGUGUCAUCGCAAUUGCACCUCGAAGCUUAUGCCGCGGAGCUAGGCAACGUUUGGACACUGACACCUGUAUUCCGAGCAGAAAAGAGCGAUACACCACGUCACCUGAGCGAGUUUUACAUGCUUGAGGCCGAGGUCAAUUUCAUGUCCGACCUUGAGUCGCUGACUGGUUUGGUUGAACAUACACUUCGCGACUUGACGCGACGUCUAUAUAACACCACUGUUGGACAAGAGAUCCUGUCCGCGAAAAGGUCCGGAGAGCCAGGCCAGGAAGCUAGCGCCGAGGCGGGAUCCCUGCGAGAGAGAUGGACAGAUCUAAUGGAUGGCCCAGAAUGGCACCGCAUUACAUACACCCAAGCAGUGGAGCAGCUACAGCGAGCCGUUGAUGGAGGUGUAUCAUUCGAGCACUCCCCAACCUGGGAGGGAGGCCUACAACUUGAGCAUGAAAAGUACAUUGUCGAGGUACUAUACCAGGGCCGACCUGUCUUUGUGACAGACUACCCGAAAUCAGUGAAGCCAUUCUACAUGUCGCCUUCCCAGACUGAUUCCAGCGACGCGCCACGGGAGACCGUGGCAUGCUUUGAUCUGCUGCUUCCUGAGGUCAGCGAAGUGGCUGGAGGAUCUCUACGCGAGCAUCGUCUGCCAGAUCUGAUUCAGAACAUGCGCGAGCACGGCCUGAUCAAGUCCCGCCAGCUAUCUGAUGGCACACCUGCCCCCGAAGAACCUUUGUAUCCCCAUCUUUCUCCAGACGAGGAUCUCAGCCACCUUCAAUGGUACGCUGAUCUUCGACGCUGGGGCUCCGCUCCUCACGGAGGAUUUGGGCUCGGCUUUGAUCGGUUCCUGGGAUAUUUGAGCGGUGUAUCCAGUGUGCGAGACAUCGUCUCUUUCCCCAGGUACUUUGGCCGGGCUGAUUGUUAG